AUGCGUUCUUUAACCAUUGUCUUCUUUUUCUUCUUGGGCGCUGUCACAGCUGUUCCUGCUGGGCAAGGCAGAAUCGCUGGUGGAUCAAUCACCACGAUCAACCAAUACCCAUUCGUAGCUUCAACAUUGUUUUCUAGGAACAAUGUGGUAUGGGUCCAAUCCUGCACUGGAGCCAUCAUAAACAACAGAGCUCUUCUAUCAAGUGCCAACUGCUACUUAGGCGAUCCCGUCAACCGUUGGAGGAUCCGGGUGGGUUCUUCUUAUGCCAACAGUGGUGGUGUCGUUCACAACGUUUACACGAUCGUCAUUCAUAAUAACUACAAUUCCAUCACACGGGACAAUGACAUCGCCAUCGUUCGGUCAAGCACGACCUUCACAUACAACAACAAUGUGGCUUACAUUCCACUAGCUGGAGCCAAUUACAACAUUCCGGACAAUUCUGCUGUCUGGGCACUUGGUUGGGGACGUACCACUCAAACUGCAGCUCCAUCUGAACAACUACGUCGGGUACAAGUAUGGACCGUCAACGCCAAUGUCUGCAGGAAUAAUUAUCUUGAGGUGGGUUUCACUGUCACGAAUAACAUGUUGUGCAGUGGCUGGGUGAACCAAGGAGGUCGUGGUCAAUGCGAGGGUGAUGAUGGCGGUCCCCUCAUUCACAACAAUAACCUGGUGGGUGUUUUCUCCUGGGGCCAGCAGUGCGCUAGCAGCCGAUACCCCGAUAUCAAUACUAAAGUAUCACCAUAUAUCACCUGGAUUAGAAACAAUGCAUAG